UCAGAUAUGCCUUUUGUUAAUAAGAUUUUUUUUUGAAGUUUUUUAUAUGUUUGCUUAUAGUAUCAAUAAACAAAUAUAAUUAAAGUUAUAUAAAAGAUAAUUAUUUGUGAAUUUUGAAUUUUUUAUUUCUGAUUUAAUUUUAAUUCUCACCUCAAUUUUCUUUAUUUCAUUAUUAAAUUCCAAUUAAAAUUUAUGUGUAUAAUUUUUAAACUCCUUUAAAAAAAAUUGGUUUUUUUUUAAAUUUAAACCAAUUAAAUUUUGUAUUUCAUUUUUAAAUUCAUUUCAAUUAUGCUUUGUUAUUAUUUUUUAGUCAAUUAUAUUGUUAUAUGGAAAUUUGAAUAUUAUUAUUGUUGAUUUUUUUUUAGAAUGAGUUCCUCCGAUUCGAAAAAUUCAAGAAAAGAUUUUGUGUGGAAGUAUGUGAUUGAAGUUUCUGGAGAGCAAUAUUUAAGAUGUAAAUUUUGCAAUCAAAGAUGUACGGGAGGGGUGAAUAGAUUAAAGCAUCACUUAGCCGGAACUCAUCAUGGUAGGAAACCAUGUAGCAAAGUUAGUGAAGAUGCUAGAUUGGAAUGCAAAGAGGCAUUGGCCAAUUUUAAGGAUCAAAAAACAAAGAGAAAUGAAUUGCUCCAAGAAAUUGGUAUGAGUCCAACUUCAAUGCAUGAGAGUGCCUUGUCUAAAACAAUAGGGACAUUAGGGAGUGGGAGUGGGAGUGUAAGUGGGAGUGGGGAACCUAUUCCUAGGGGACCCAUGGAUAAAUUUACUACUUCACAACCUAGACAAAGUACUUUGAAUUCAAAGUGGAAGCAAGAAGAAAGGAAGGAAGUGUGUAGAAAAUUUGGUAGAUUUAUCUAUUCAAAAGGUCUCCCAUUCAACACUGUGAAUGAUCCUUAUUGGUUUCCUAUGAUAGAUGCUGUUGCAAACUUUGGGCCCGGGUUUAAGCCUCCAUCUAUGCACGAAUUGAGGACAUGGAUUCUUAAAGAAGAGGUGAAUGACCUAAGUAUCAUUAUGGAAGAUCACAAAAAAGCUUGGAAACAAUAUGGAUGUUCAAUUAUGUCAGAUGGUUGGACAGAUGGAAAAAGUAGGUGUCUUAUCAAUUUUUUGGUGAAUAGUCCUGCUGGCACUUGGUUUAUGAAAUCAAUUGAUGCUUCUGAUACAAUAAAAAAUGGGGAAAAUAUGUUCAAAUAUCUUGAUGAGGUGGUUGAAGAAAUUGGAGAGGAGAAUGUUGUGCAAGUCAUCACUGAUAAUGCCUCUAAUUAUGUGAAUGCUGGAAUGAGGCUUAUGGAAAAAAGGAGUAGAUUGUGGUGGACUCCUUGUGCUGCUCAUUGCAUUGAUUUGAUGUUGGAGGAUAUUGGAAAGCUAAAUGUUCAUGCUACUACACUUUCUCGAGCUAGGCAAGUUGUGAAGUUUAUAUAUAGGCAUACUUGGGUUCUUAGCUUGAUGAGAACAUUUACAAAAAAUCAUGAACUUAUUCGUCCAGCAAUUACACGGUUUGCUACUGCAUUUCUUACUCUCCAAAGUCUUUAUAAGCAAAAGCAAGCUCUUAUAGCAAUGUUCUCUUCAUAAAAAUGGUGUUCAAGCACAUGGGCUAAAAAGGUAGAAGGUGUGAAAACUCGAAGUACAGUGUUGUUUGAUCCAAAUUUUUGGCCUCAUGUUGCUUUUUGCAUAAAGACCACUGUUCCAUUAGUUAGUGUCUUGAGAGAGGUUGAUUCAGAGGAAAGACCAGCCAUGGGUUAUAUUUAUGAGUUGAUGGAUUCAGCUAAGGAGAAGAUUGCAUUUAAUUGUCGGGGCAUGGAGAGAAAAUAUGGCCCAAUUUGGAGAAAAAUUGAUGCAAGAUGGACUCCGCAACUUCAUCGACAUUUACAUGCAGCAGGCUAUUAUCUUAAUCCUCAAUUGCGGUAUGAAGAUAAGUUCUCUAAUGUUGAUGAGGUGAGGAAGGGAUUAUUUGAAUGCAUGGAUAGGAUGUUGGAUUAUCAAGAACGUUUAAAAGCUGACAUUCAGUUGGACUCAUAUGACCAAGCAAUGGGUGAAUUUGGGAGUCGUAUUGCAAUUGAUUCUCGAACAUUAAGAAGUCCUACAAGUUGGUGGAUGCGUUUUGGGGGUUCAACACCGGAGUUGCAAAAGUUUGCUAUUCGAGUCCUUAGCCUUACUUGUAGUGCUUCGGGAUGUGAAAGAAAUUGGAGCACAUUUGAAUCGAUCCAUACAAAAAAAGAAAUAGACUUGAACAUCAAAGGUUGAAUGCUCUAGUGUAUGUAAGGUACAACACUAGAUUGAGAGAGCGAAGUCUACAAAGGAAACAAAAUGUUGAUCCAAUCUUGGUAGAGGAGAUUGAUUCCGAUGAUGAAUGGAUUGCGGAGAAAGAAGAUCCCCUCCUCCCCCUUGAUCUUUGUUGGCUUCAAGAUAAUGAAUUAUUCAAUGUUGAUGUCAUUAGAGUUGUGUCAUCCAACUCCCAAGAGACGCAAGCAUCAUCGGAUCAUAUGGUUUCUUCACAUUCCUACAAAAGGAAACAUAAUGAAGUACCAAGUACAAGUGGAGGCAAAGGCAAAGAGAAGGAAUUGAAUUUGUCACCAAUUGAUGAAGAUGAAGAUUUAGAUGAAAUGGGGAUACAUGAUAGUGGACAUUUUCCUACUAUUGAUACAUUGGAUGAGGAUGAUGAUGACCUUGGAGAGGAGGAUUUAAGUUGAAAUAAUUUACUCUAGUUGUUAUUUCAUGACUUAGUUAUGGAUUUUUUGUAAAAUUUUAGAACUAUUAUUAUGGUUGACUCUAUUUUCUAUUUCAUGACUUAGUUUUGGCUUUUUGUUAAA